UUGCUUUCCGGAAUGAAAAUGAAAGUAUCAACCAAGUUCAGUUUUGAGCAUCCGGUCAUUUCCAAGAAAGCAGAAAAUCCAGGGACCCAGCUCCUCCCUGUAAGCACAGAGAUAUACACCUUUGUUGCCUGUGGAACUAUGCAAACUGCAUUGUGGACUUUAUUGUGCGGCAUUCCGUGAUAAGGCACAAACGUUUCAUAGAACAUAAAGCAAAAUAACAAAUCUACCAAGUACCAAAUCCAUUGGAAUCUGGAAGCAAAACCCAGAAAUGACCUUCUUUCAGAAAUUUGUGGAUGACAUACAGGAUACAUACCAGGAUGUUCUUCACGUUUUUUCCAGUAAUGAUAUUCCAAAGCCUGGGGAUAUGAUUCAAUUUCAGAUGCCUUUCUUCCAACAUUGGGGCAUCUAUGUGGGAGACGGAAAUGUGGUUCAUUUUGGAUGGCCAGCUGUUCGGCUUCUUCCAUUUGAGUACGAAGUCCGAAAAGACCAUGUGAAGGAAGUAUCACUGGCAAUUUCCUUUGGCGUAUACAACAAAUUCGAUAAAUACUAUCCUCCACUGCCUCCAGAACGUGUAGUAAAAAGAGCUGAAUACAUGGUGGGCAAGACCAUGAGGUAUUAUCCUGGUUCAGCCAAUUGUGAGCACUUUGCCACGAUGAUGAGAUACGACAUCACCAGAUCAGGCCAGGCAGAGAGAUUCUACUUUCACGUGGAUCCAGAUUUCGUGAAACAGAUCAAAAGAUGGCUAGCUGAAAUCAACGAGUAGGCAAACUGGUGAGUGUAUCUUAAAACUUCCAAAGACAGAAGCAUCUGACUUUCAUAGCAGUGAACCCAUUAAAAAAACUUGCCUAAUCUACCUCAUUCAAGGUGCAUCUUGCCUGUCACCUUACAAUGAGACAAGAU